AUGACUUACCAGUUCCACAAGAAAGAACAAAAUCAGCUAGCAAAAUGGAUUGGAGGGAGAAAGAAAUUUACCCUUUUGUAUAAAGCAUCCAGAGACGGCUGUUCUGAAACAGCUUUCCAUAAUAACUGUAAUAACAAAGGACCAACAGUGACAGUACUUUACAAUACUGACAAUUUCAUGUAUGGUGGAUAUACGUCGGCUAGCUGGAAAAGUAUUGGGAACUAUCAGAAUGACGGUUCAGCAUUCCUCUUUAGAUUGUACCAUAAUGGAAAUUGGAAGCCAGUACGGCUGCCUGUCAUGAAUGCACAACAUGCAAUCUACGAUGUCUCCUCUAAUGGACCUAUAUUUGGUGCGCAUGACUUGAAUACAUUUUCGAGCACAAUAACCUUCGACGGAACAUGCUUCCCUUUAAAUGGAUCUGCUAGUUUUGGAAAAUCCUACACUAUGAACGGAGAAAACUUCAACUCGAUUGCUAAUGGUCAUCUUAAAGUAAAGGACAUUGAAGUUUAUUUGGUAGAAGAUCUAGGUGGUGGGACACCACUGGACGAACCAUGGCGAAAGACUGCCAAAUGGAAUCCCAAGCUGCUAAACGAAUUGAAAGAAAGAGUAGAAAAAUACAAGCCAUUGAAGGAUUUAAAAGUUCCUCAGGCACGUGUUCUAUUGGUUGGUCAAGUUGGAGCAGGAAAAUCUAGUUUCUUUAACACCAUUAACUCCAUCUUUAGAGGUUAUAUAACCAGUCAGGCCUGUAGUGGUAAUGCAGAACACAGCCUAACAACCAUGUACCGAAUGUACCAAAUUAGAAAUGGGCAAUCAGGGACACCAAUGAAUUUUAGACUUCAUGACACCAGAGGACUCGAAGCUGACCAAGGGAUUGAUUCUCAUGAAAUGAAUUACCUUCUUGAUGGAAAUUUACCGGAUAGACACCAGUUUAAUCCAUCAGUACCAAUAUCAGGAGAUACACUAGGAUUUGUUGGUAGUCCUAGUCUAAGUGACAAAAUCCACUGUGUCAUAUUUGUACUGGAUGGAAGCAUUGUUGAUGUUAUUCCAGAGAAGGUUAUUGAGAGGAUGAAGAACCUACAGCUUCGUAUGAAUCAGAGAGGAAUUCCACAGGUAGUUUUGCUUACCAAGAUAGACAAAGUGUGUGAGGCUACAGCCGAGGAUAUAUCUCAAGUAUUCUACAGUCCCAUCAUCCAGGAAACUGUAGAUAGAGUAUCACAGAUAAUGGGGCUUCCAAGGUCUCACAUUUUACCAAUCAAGAAUUAUGAAUCAGAGAUGGAACUGAAUGAAAAUGUGAAUAUUUUAGCUCUACUGACCCUACAACAGGUGUUACAUUUCGCUGAUGACUACAUGUAUAACUAUCUCGACCAAAUUGAGGAAGGGAAAGUGAGACAGCUUCAUAUAAGGGAAUAAGCGAAAGACAAAUCACUCUGAUUGGAUAGAAACUUGUAUGCUAACUAUAUUAAAAAAAAAUGCUGUAUGCAUAAUAUAUUAUCAAGUAUACUUAGCGUAUUACCUCAUUAGAAUGUAAGAGAAUGUGGUUUUUUUUUCAAAUAUAGAAGCAAAUAAAAAAACUUGACCACUACUGUCAAAUGACUUUGAAUAUCAAAGAGAAUUUGAUAAUGCUGCUUUGCUUUGAUAUUGUUGCUUAAUAAAAACUGUACUGUG